AUGACGGGUUCGACCCAUAGACAGACAGUUGCCGGAGGGGAAGCGAGUCCGAAGCGACCCCGUGCGACAGCAUUCCACGCGACGGACGAAAAGGAAGAUAGACUAUGCGUUCCAGGUGAUGGCUGCAGGAGCAAAUCCGAAGUCGACUGCAUCCAUCAGUGUCUGUUGUCGAGUACAGUGCAUGUCGCAGCCGCUUCAGCGUCAAUCAAGAAAGCACGCGCAGGCUCCACUCGGAUCCCGUCGCCUUCCAUGUCGGGCAUCGACUACUCCAAGUGGGACCUCCUUCAAAGCAGCAGCGACGAAGAGGACUUCGGGAACCCCAUCCCGCCGCAGUCUCCGCGACAGCCCAUCACGACGGGUCCCUGGGCGGUGGCCGAUCCCUGGCGCAAGUGCAAUCCGCUGGUGCGACGUGAAGUGCUCAGAGAGGAGAAGAUUCUCCACAGGUUCGUGCAAGAGCACCCCUGUCCAUCCGAGAAAAGCCUCCGGCGCUGGCUUCGCAGCAUGAGCGGCACGGAGAGAAUCGUUCCCGGAGAGCUGACCUUUGCAUGGGUGAUGAAAGACAUGGGGUGGAACUCCGAGCACUUGGCGUGGUUCCACUACCCGUCCUUCCGGGAGCUCUGGCAGGCGGCGGCCUUGCAAACGGCCGAGGCCUUCACGGUCCAACGCAGUGCGGGCAGCACCUUGUACCAGCGCGGCGGCAAGGAGUGCAUGCAGUUCAACUUCUAUGCGCUGCAGCACGCCAUGUGCGGAGAGCAUUUUCACACGGACGCCCCACUCCCCGUGUACUCGUACGCGAAACGCCUGGAGCACGUCUGGGACGGGAUCGGAUCGUGGCGAGCGUAG